AUGUCUUGGCGCGUAUCUAUCUUCCGACGCGUCUUCUCAAAUUCUUCUCCUCCUGCACCGUACAUCGCUAGAUUUCAUAUCAGGAGUACAAGCAUACCAGCGCUACUUUCCAAGCUCCCUAAGCACCAAAGAACGCUCAUCGCUCUCACCAUUACCGAAAACAUCACAUUCGAAAUGGCCUCCAACAACACUUCGGUCCGUAGCCGCAAAGGCACCAAGGCCCAGAAGAAGGAGGAGAAGAAGUCGGCGCAGUCUGCUCGGGCUGUCGUCGUACAGGCUAUCCAGCCUGUAUUUCCGGUAGUGGAAGCCCCGGCGACCACUACCGCAGCGGUGUCUCUUGACAUUGGUAUGGUGGAGAACGAUCCCGCAUCAAAGCAAGCCGGCUAUCCGGCCUCUGCUGCUGUUCAAUCGGCGCCUCAGGACGUCGAUAUGAUCGGUAACACCCAAGAGCAACGGCCACACAAGCCUCAGGGAUCUGUGGUUGCUGUCUCCCAGGCUGUAAGGCCUACCUUUCCGUCACAGCACCGUGGUCUGACCCGGGCUGAUACCGAAGCUGCGACAGACAUUGUACAAGAGGGCUUAGCCCCGGUCUCGUCUGGCGGAGGGGCUGCAAAGCCUACUAUUCCGAUGAUUCAUGACAAGGGCGAAUACCCGAUUGAUCUCGAAGCGGCGUAUCAGGACGUCGAUAUGGUCCCUUGCUCAAGAUGCUUAUCGAUGCAUCGAGUAAAUGCAUGCCAGGGUCUUGCAGGCGCGCGUCAUGAAUAUCAUGGCCCUGGCGCCUCGACUUUUGCCGAGGACGACGAAAUCUUAGCAAGCUGGAGGAGGCAAGGGAUAACUUUCCCUCGUCCAUCCGAAGUUCAGAAUAGAGAGCGUGCAAAGCAGGUUCCGAUUCCGGCGCAAUCCAAGCCGAAGACUAACCCCGGAAAGCCCACCCAGGCCAAACCGAACGGGAGUCCGCAGGCUCGCUCUCAGAAGAGAAAACGUGAUGACGACAGUGUUGUCGGAGACCAUCCGUUAUGGGGCAAGCUCAAGCUCUCCCGCAAAGAGCUCGAGGGUUGGGACAUUAUGAAUAUAAUAGGAAUCGGAAACCGCAUGACGGAAUCUGAUGAAAAGCGAGACUAUACUAAAUAUAUUCUAGUGCCACGCGUGAAGCUAGCCAAGAAUCUCUCACGAAAGCAGCUAAAAGCGCUCUCUUACGAGACAUUGGAAGAAGUGGAGCGUUCCCUGCCUCGCGAGGGACAAGUUGCCUGGCACAGAGAUGUCAUGGAACGAUGGCUAAGGGUUAGGGCUUCUGAAGAGAGAGGCAAAGCCCAAGCGAAGUUCAAGGGUAAAGGAAACCCGAAAGACAAAGACAAGCGUAAUGGAAGAGGCGGCAAGUCGUGAGUAAGCCGUAAGGAUACUCGCUAUUCGUCCGUACUCCCCUGUUUUCGUUGACUUUCCUGAACGUCACGUUACUGCUAACCUCUCCCUGUCUACUUUCCUAGAUUCCUAGAUGAAGGAGUAAACCUUGUUAACAAAUCUGGCUCGAUCCUGCAU